AUGGCUUCCAUGUCGCCGCUGAACACCGCUGCCGGUGGCUCGGGGGCGUCCUCGAAUGGAGGCAGUGUCUCACCCCAGCAGACGGCGACCCCCAAGAACGUCGCAUUCGAGCUGUUGUUCCCGGAAUCUCCCCAAUAUCGUGCGCGCCUGCCCAUGCGAGUACAAAUAUACCCUCACGAUACUACAGACUCGAUUGUGACGACCGUCAAGAAUUUCUACGGUUUGUACUCGGGUCCGACCGGGUCAAAGGGAGUCAGUUUUGAGGAUGAACACCGCAACACCCUCAUUGCUCGAUAUGAAAACUUCCGCAAUAAUAUGGUCGUUUACGUUAGGGUCAUUGAAGAGCCUCCGGUCAACCCGGCCGCCUAUGCUCAUCAUUACCACAACGCCUCGGUCGGCGCCCACCCCUACUAUGGUGACAGCGCUUAUCCCGCUCCCCAAACCCAGCGCUUUGCGCAAGAUAUCUCCAGACCCAGCUCGCGGUCAUCGCGGAGACGGAGUCCUUCUCCCAAUGUUGCUCGCGGCCGAAGAAGUGCUUCUGCCAGCACAAAUGGGAAGAAGGGUCGCUCUCGUUCCUCCAAGAACCGGGGGUCCGCCGCCAGGAGUCAUGUUGAACUCCACAGCGACAGCAUAAACGGAUAUAGCAGCAGUGAUGAGCCUACUUCGACGUCUGGCAAGAACAAAGACCAGCUGCCCACGACCGACAUCAGCGUCGAGAACAUUGUCGAGGGUGGACGUCGAAAGAGGGCCAAGUUCGAAAGCUCGGAACUGCCCCUGUUUGCACCACCUCAGAUGCCGGCGGCGACAUCGAACCCGUCCGUCUCUCCUGCUCGUCGUGUUGAGCCUCACCGUCAGGCGAUGCCUUUUGUGCAGCCUCACCAGAACCCCUUCACGAACGCCCGCCCCAUGCAGUCACCCCAGGGUUACAGCAAUGGCCACUCACACUCCAACAUGUACUCGACACCAGGCCCUGACAGCCGUCGCAACCGCAAUAGCAUCGGCUAUGCCAGCAAUGGCAGCGGAAUGGGUGUCCUCCCUACCCCUGACCCGACCGUCGGCAGCUGCAUGUCUGAAGAAGACAAAGACGUCGCCAUCCAGCUGAUGCGCCUUGGCGAGAUCUCCAAUAUCUCCCAGGGCCGCACUUCUGCCUCGACCCUCGAUGAUACAUUCAGCGGAAGAGCUGAAAUUGCUUCCUCGACUGGUGCUACCAGCGAUGGAGAGAGCGAUAGCGAGGCUGAGCUGCCUCCUGCCCGCCGCCAAAAGCUUGAUGCUGCUGGCGCUAUCGGCAAGGUCUAUCAGACUACCGAGGCGCACUUCAUGCCUCCUCCUGAGAGCGCUGAAGUCAGCGGUGAUGAUGCCGACUAUGAGGAUGGCGCAGAUGAUUCUCUGCUCUCCAAUAGCAGCAAGACCAAGCCCGUAAAGACUACUAAGGCUCCUGCCAAGCACAAGAGCUCUGCCUCCAUCUCCAAGGCAUCGUCGACCAAGGGAUCCAAGGGCGGUCGCGCUUCCAACGGCUCCAAGACCAAGAAGCUGCCGGCUGUCCCUGCCGGCCCAAUGUCCCCGGCAUCUAUGCCUCCGUCACGAAAGCAGUCGGUCGUGUCAACUGGACAAGCCCCGCCUGUUCCCGGCGAGGAGGAGCAGCCUGAUCUCUCCACCAAGCCGCGCUGCCAGCGCUGCAGGAAGAGCAAGAAGGGCUGUGACCGACAGAGACCCUGCGGACGUUGCCGCGACGCAGGCCUUUCUGCGGAUCAGUGCAUCAGCGAGGACGAAGGCAACGGCCGGAAGGGUCGAUACGGUCGCCACAUGGGAGUACCCAUCAAGAAGGAAGAAGUUCCCGCCGUUGUCCAGCCCGCUCUAUUACCUGCUGCUCCUAUCGCCGCCGCAACAAUGACAGCGGACAAGUCGAAGAAGCGCAAGCGGUAG